AUGCGGUCUUCGCAGGGUAAAAGAGUGGCUCCUUUCAUCUUGCUCGCCGCGAUUUGCCUGGUUUUCCAUGGAGUGGAUCGCCCAUCGUCCCGGUUGCGAUCAACGAGACUGGCCUUCUUCGUCCACAAUCAGCAAAGGAAUCCUCGCGCACACAAGCUUGCGGAUCCCCGGGUCGCAAUUUGUCUUGUAGGCGGAGCCAGAGCCUUCGAGAUCACUGGACCAAGCAUAGUGGACCAAAUCCUCCACGUCUACGGAAACAAUUCGGAUGUGUUCCUCCACGCGCCGCUGGACGAGAACACUUACAAGCUCUUCCUGCUGGGCAGGGGCGCUAGAUCGAACAGAAAUUCUUCGUCCUCGCGGUUGGCAGCAGCGCGGAUCUUCGAUCAAACACCCAUACCCGAGCUUGAUUUUCGCAAGCAAGUCCUCACAUCCGAUGGGAUUCAAGGAUUACUGCAAUAUUUCAAUCUCGUCGAGGGCUGCUGGGAUCUCAUCACGAAACACGAACGUCGUCAUGGUUUCCAGUACGAUUGGAUCGUAAGAACAAGGCUAGAUGGCUACUGGAGUGCCCCUAUGCCGCCCAUCUCCACCUUCGAUGGCGCCCACUACACUAUCCCAUACGGCUCCCAAUUCGGCGGCCUCAACGACAGGUUAGGCAUCGGCACUCGCAACUCCAGCCGCAUCGCUCUCCACCGCCUCCAAUGCCUCGAUCGCCUCCACGCAAACGGAUUCCAGCGCCUAAAUUCCGAGAGAGCAUUCAAGGCGCAGCUCCAAAUCACGCACACCAGCGUCCAGCUCAAGAAAUUCCCCUUUUGCGUGGUGAGCGCGAAGAAGUACGAUUGGCCGCCCAGGGAAUGGGGCGUGCCUGUGAUGACCAUGGCGAGCAAAGGACCUCUAAAUGGAGCGAAGUGUCGUCCAUGCCGGGCGAAGAUCAGAGGAGAGGAAGCUCACGCCAUCGCCGAGGCACUAAACAGGGGGUGGAGCUGGAGUGGACCUAACGAAGGGGUGGAGCUUUGCGAUGCCACGGGGGACUGGGAUGCUGACUGGGAGGCUGUCUAUGACAACGUGGUUGGUCAGUGCAGUCAAUUGGAGAGGUUGCGGGUGUCUCGCCUGGGGACGCUAGACGAGUGUGUGGAGAGAUUGACCGAGUUUGAGAGAAUGUGGGGUGAAUGGGAUGCUCCUUCUCCUGUUAGUAUUUGCGAAAGGAAGUUUAUAAUUUGA